CUCCAUGUGGUCCUCCAGCUCCAAACCCGAUCAAAUCCAACACAUCUGGGUGGUAACGGGCCCGGCCGGGUGCGGCAAAAGUACAAUCGGAAAGGCGAUCCAGCUCGCACUGGGAAUCCCCUUCCUGGAGGGUGACGACUUCCACCCCACUAACAACAAAGACAAAAUGGGCUCCGGCAUCCCCCUCACCGACGCUGACCGGUGGGACUGGCUAAUCUCGCUCCGCAAAGCGGCCAUCGACGCGCUCUCCCCCUCCGAGACAAACAACUUCCAUCCGCCCUCCGGCGUCGUGGUCGCCUGCUCGGCCCUGAAGCAGAAAUACCGCGACGUGAUGCGCGUCGCCGCCUACGGCUCCCCCUCCGUGCAGAUCCACUUCGUCUACCUGAAACUCGACGAGACGAUGCUGUUGCAGCGCGUCCGGAAUCGCCAGGCCCACUACAUGAAGAGUAGCAUGGUGCAGUCGCAGUUGCAGGAUCUGGAGGAGCCGAAGGGCGAGUGGGAUGCUCUUACGGUUGAUGCGGGGAAGCAGCCCGGGGAGGUCCAGGAGGAGGUGUUAAGGUUGGUGAAGGUGACGUUGGCGGAGUAUCAUUGAUUUUUUGGGCGGGAGAUUGGUUGGGAUGUUUUUGUUCUUUCUUUGGGGGACUUUGGCGAAAAUGCUCCGCGCGUAUUGCGCUUAGCUUUGGUGUCUCGUGGUGUUUGUUGGGUUUAUAAAGGGCUUGCUGAUCUUAACCUUGAUCCUGGCUUGGGGUCCAUUCGGGCUAGGCAGUUGGGAGUUUGGGUGGUUUACUUUCACUGAUACCUACUUACUUAUCUAUGCUUAUGAUUGCACACUUGUCACGGUGGUAUACACUACGGAAUGAAUAUAUUUGGUUUAAAAA